UCGCCAUGACGACCAGUCUCCAGGAACAACAACAACACACGUGAAGCACCAAUGGCGACCGCCAGCGAUGAGCGAACUGCCUCGGAUGUUUUAAAAUCUCUGGCUCGCCAUUUGAAUUGUUUAAAUGAGGACAACAAAAGCUCAAGAAGACGAGCUCUGGAAGCAGUGAAGAGAGAAACCGUCGAGCAGCGCUUGUCCAGCGGCGCGCUACAGGAGCUUUUCGCCGGUUUGCUAAAGGCGCUGCUGAAAUGUCUGUCGGAUCCUGCGGAGACAUGCAGGGACACGGCGAUUCAGAUCAUCACGGGCUUUAUCAGAGCUGUCCCCAAACCAGAAGACUCUCUGCCCUACCUCAUGCCCGCCCUGGUGCAGAGGCUCGGCGGGAAGGAGAUCCUGGAGCCGGCGGAGGAGCUCAGGCUGGCUCUGAUGGAGAUGCUGUGUCUGGUGGUGGAAGUGUGCGGCAGGCACCUUGCACCCUACCUAGAUGACAUGAUCAAGAUCCUGCAGAGAACAAUCACAGAUCCCUUUCCUGAGGUCAAGAAAGAGAGCUGUAAAUGUACCAUCAGUGUUGCACAAAGUAUUCCUGAUCAUUUCCACUUGCAGGCUGAGAGUCUUCUGAAGCCCCUGUUGCAAACUAUUUCUCACCAGCAUUCCCAAGUGAGAGUUUCUGCCACACAGGCCAUUGGCGCAGUCAUUCGGCACAGCACAGGCAAGAACGUGGAUGACGUUUUGUCCCACUUGGCACAGAGAUUGUUUGACGACUCUCCACGGGUGAGGAAGGUUGUUACUGCAGUCGUGGGUGACUGGCUUCUUCACUUGCCGGACAGAUAUUCCUACUUCCACAAGCUCAUCCCGCUGCUUCUGAGCAGCCUCAGCGAUGAGAUUCCUGAAAUCAGGUCUCUCGCCGAGGACUUAUGGAAACAAGUAGGAUCUCAAUGGGAGAAGGAAAAUGAGGAUGAUCUGAAAGAUAGGAUGGACUUUCAGUUGCCUGCUCCUCCCCUCUACACAUCAGGAGGAGAGCGUCCCGGGCUGGGCUGCAGGGAGCUGGUGGUGAGGAAUCUGUCAAAGCUGCUUCCUGCUGUGGGCCGGGACAUUGGUGACUGGUUAGUGCAGACGCGAGUGAAGACGGCCCAGCUGUUGCGGGUUCUGCUGCUGCAUGCUGAAGAUCACAGUACGCAACAUCUGCAGACACUGCUUAAUGUGCUGUACCACGCCUGCGCAGACCCAGAAAAUGAUGUCAGAGCACAGUGUUUGGAGUCAGCAAAGCUCUUGGGAGCAUUUGUCAGUUCAGAGGUUUACCUCAAGUUGCUCCUGCCUCACGUCAAAGACUCCACUUCCUGCUCGUCUGCCUCUCCCUGGGCUCCUCUCAUGAUUCUGGGGGCCGUAUUAAGAGGGAGUUCAAGGGAGGCGUUACGACCCCACCUGAUAAAAAUUGGAGACACACUUGCACAUCCUGAAGUCUGUCAGGCGUCCCAACAGGCACUGUAUCUGGAUCAGUUGUUGGUGUGUGUAGACGCUGUGCUGUGUGUGUGUCAGGUGGACUGUGACGUUAUCAGUCUGCAGUUGCUGAAGGUCCUGGUGUCAGUUCAGAGUCUCGCUUCACAUCAGGAACAAUGCAACAAGGCAGAGGAGUCAGUGAGGUGUUUGUGUGAGGCGCAGGGUCUCAGCGGAGCGUGUGAGUUGUAUCGGCAGCACAUGGCAGAUCUGCUGCAGUGGCUGUGUGACUCACAUCACACUUGGACCAGUUACUCCAUUCAGAAAACACAGCUGGAGAUCAUCACCGUGCAGUCUGGUCCAGUAGUGGGAGAGUUUCUUCCAGCCUUAAUGCCUCUGUUGAAGAGUUGCCUUGAACCCAGUCGAGAUCCUGAGAUGAGACUUCACAUCUUCACCAUGCUGUCCAAACUACUACUGGACGCCAGCAACACUCUGGACUCACAGGGGAGGUUUGUUGAAUACAUGGAGAUGGUCCUGCAGGAUUUGUUGCUGCCUAAUCUGGUGUGGCGUUCGGGUCGAUCCGCCGCGGCUGUCAGGACCGCUGCUCUCAGCUGCCUGUUAGCCGUCCUGCACGGGGCGGCUUUCCCAGUGGAGAAAGUUCUGUUGGUGGAGGAGACUCUCAGUACUCAGCUGAUCUCUGCGCUGGAGGAAGACUCUAAACUGGCUCGUCUUCUGGCCUGCAGAUCUCUUCACUCGCUGCUGAGACUCACUACACAACGGCUCAGCACUGACUCACUCAACAAGAUCUAUCCAGAGCUGCUGAAGCGUGUGGAUGACAGCAGUGAAGACGUCCGUGUCGAAGCGCUGAAGUCUCUAAGCACGUGGUUUUCAUCUCUGGGGAAGAACUAUGACACUCAGUCGUGCCGCCCACACCUGGAGUUCCUGUUCCAGCAGCUGCUGCUGUACAUGGAUGACCCCGACACCAAAAUCCAGGAUUCAGUGCUCGAGGUUCUGAAAGUGGCCAGUGCGGUGGAUCGAGGUCUUUUGCAGCAGCAAACGGAGGCUGUGAGAGAGAAACAGCGCAGCCAUGAGUACUGUGAUAAACUCCUCCAGCACAUUCACUCAUUAUGACACACUCUUCCUCUCAGAAAUACACAAACAGAGUCAGCUGGGAAUGAACUUGGACUUGAUAUGGUUCUUUUACUGUCGUUUAUGCAGAUGUGAAUGGACAAAUGCACAAAAUUUGUGAAUGGAAACUCAGUGAGACUGAAGUGUUUUUUUUUUUCCACCUCAGGUCAUCAAUGAAGUUUUAUUAUAUUAAAUAAUAUAUAAUUAAAAUAAUAUUAAUUCUCAAACAUCAACUCAAAGGCAACUCAAAAAUCUUUGCUCUGUUGUUAAUAUUGUGUUUUGUAUCGAAUGACAAAGAACAUCUCAUGAGAACAUUGCUCAAAAAAAACAAUCACUAAGGUUGUAGUGAAUUGAAGUAAAUGGUCGAAAUGUGCCUUUUUGAAACUGGUAUUCACAGAAUUGAC